AUGGAGGGGAGCCCUCCCCCGAUUCGCCACCCCGGCGCCCUCCUCGGCUCCACUCCGGUCCCCCGCGCCUCCGCCCACCGACGCCUAGGGCUCCCCGCCUCGCGUUGCGGUGGCCCGGCCGCUAGGCUUCGGCGCCCCCUCCACGACCAAGGGGCUCCAUUAGGUGAGAGAUUGUAUAUCAAAUUUAUAUGCCCAUGUAAUCUUCCAUGGUCCUGUUUUGUUUGUGUGAAACCUAUAUUGGGUCAGUAUGCUCAUGAAAAAUGUGCUGAUAUCAAGCUAAAGAUAGAUCCUGUUAUAGCCUUUGGGGAGCAAUUGAGCAAAGAUACAGAUGGUACACUAACCACAGUUGAGACAUUAGCAUCAACUGCUAUUUGUGGAAUCAUACAUUCAAUAAUAGGUGGACAGCCACUAUUGAUCGUGGGAGUUGCAGAACCGACUAUUAUCAUGUACACCUAUAUCUACAAUUUUGCCAAAAACCAACCAAACCUGGGAGAAAAAUUGUUUCUGCCAUGGGCUGCAUGGGUUUGCAUCUGGACGGCUGUGAUGCUGUUCCUCAUGGCAAUGUUUAACGUUGCAGCUAUUCUAAACAGAUUUACAAGGUUUUCUGGAGAACUUUUUGGAAUGUUAAUCACAGUUUUGUUCAUGCAAGAGGCGAUCAAGGGGAUGUUCGGUGAAUUCAGUGCCCCUGAGGGUAAUGACCAAAGUCAACCAAUUUUCCAGUUCCAGUGGCUAUAUGUUAAUGGUCUGCUUGGACUAAUCUUUUCAAUGGGUGUACUAUAUACUUCAUUAGCCAGCAGGAGCGCAAGAUCAUCGCUAUACGGCACUGGAUGGCAAAGGAGCUUAAUUGCUGACUAUGGUGUUCCACUGAUGGUCAUACUAUGGACAGCAUUGUCAUAUUCAUUGCCAAGCAAGAUCCCUUCAGGGGUCCCUAGGAGGCUCUUCACCCCACUUCCUUGGGAACCCAAGUCGCUCCAGCAUUGGACAGUGGCAAAAGAUCUGUUUUCAGUCCCUCCAGCACUUAUAUUCCUGGCUAUUGUGCCUGCUGCGAUGGUUGCAGGGCUCUAUUUCUUUGACCACAGUGUAGCUUCACAGAUGGCUCAGCAGAAGGAAUUUAAUUUGAAGAACCCAUCAGCCUACCAUUAUGACAUUUUGGUCCUGAGCUUGACAACCUUGAUCUGUGGUCUUCUUGGCAUCCCUCCAUCUAAUGGAGUACUUCCCCAGUCUCCCAUGCAUACAAGAAGCCUAGCUGUCCUCAAGAGGCAGUUGCUUCGCAAAAAGAUGGUCCAAACUGCGAAGGAGGGCAUGAUGAAUAAUGCUACCAGUUCCGAAGUUUAUGGCAAAAUGCAAGAUGUUUUCAUAAAAAUGGACCAUGGAGGCGACUCUGUUUUCGCACACAAAGAUCUGAAGGACUUGAAGGAUGCAAUUAUUCCAGAGGGGAACGGAGCAGGGACAGUGCCUGAAGUAUUUGAUCCUGAAAAGCAUGUAGAUGCCUACUUGCCUGUCCGGGUGAACGAGCAGAGAGUAAGCAAUCUGUUGCAGUCCCUGUUGAUCGCUGGUUGUAUCGGAAUUACGCCGCUCAUUCAGAGGAUACCAACAUCAGUCCUCUGGGGUUACUUUGCCUAUAUGUCCAUCGACAGCCUUCCCGGGAACCAGUUCUGGGAGAGGAUACAAGUUCUUUUCAUCACGCCUCAAAGGCGCUACAAGGUUCUUGAAGGAGCACACGCAUCCUUCAUGGAGUCAGUGCCUUUCAACACAAUAUGUGCCUUCACACUCUUCCAGCUAAUCUAUCUGUUGAUCGUCUUUGGGAUGACAUGGAUACCAGUAGCAGGAAUCCUCUUCCCGCUCCUCUUCUUCUUCCUCAUUGUCAUCAGGCAGCACUUGAUCCCGAAAUAUUUCGAUUCGAGCCACCUGAGGGAAUUAGAUGCUGCCGAGUACGAAGAACUCGAAGGUUUUACGCCUGAUCCGUCAGUGUGUGAGGACGAGUCUGUUCGCAGCAGAGAUGCUCAGCCUGGAUAUGCUUCUGAAAUACUGGAGGAAUUCACGACUCACCGUGGAGAGCUGAAGCGCAGGAACUCUAGCUUCCGUGAUGGGAGACUACUCCAGCUUAACUCUGUCAAGAUGACGAGAGAGCUUUCUCGGGCUCCUUCUCGGAGAGAGCUUUCUCGGGCUCCUUCUCGGAUUCCAAGAAUCGUGGAACAAUAA